AUGUUAUCAGAAUUACCAUUAGAAAUUCAAAUGAAACUACUACAUAUGGUUCCUCAUUCAAAUUUAAAAUAUGUAAAUUCUCAUUUUUAUAUAUUAUAUAAUGAUUUAUUUUAUCAUAAAAUUAUUAAUGUAUUUGGUGAUGAUACUUUAGGAGUUAUUAUAAAAGUAUUACCAUGGUUAAAACCAUAUAUUAAAUCAUUAGAUUCUUUUAGAUUUUCAAAUAGAAUGAUUAUUGCCAAAAGAUUAAAUUUAAUUGAUAAUUUAAAUCAACCUACUGAAGAAGAACCAGAAGAUGAUAAUCCUUUAAAUGUACAAUUUAUAAAAGAUAGUUGGAAAUAUGUUUAUUCGAUUUUUAAAAACAAAAGAUUAUUUGCAGAAUAUUCAGAUUAUACAAUAGAUGAACCUUCAAAUUAUAUAUAUAAUCAUUUUGUUGAAAUUAAUAGAACUUAUUUAUUAAGUUAUUCCAAAUAUGUUUGGCUAUCACCUGGUGUAUAUAAUUUAAAUAUUGGAUUAGCUGUUAAAUAUGGUCAUGGAUUAGGUACAACUAAAUUUGAAGUUAAAUAUAAUGAAGAUGAUGAUGAUGAUACUAAACAACUUAAAGAAGGAGAAUUUAGAAAAGUUAAAUCUGAACUGUUUUAUCCACCUACAAAUAUUAAUGAAAUAUUACCCAAGAAUCAAUUUUGUUUUUUAAAAAUUGGACAAUUUAAAGUACCACCAUUGAAGAACAAUAAAAACUCAAAUAAUAAAUUAAGAAAAAUUGAAAUUAAAAUGGAAGAAAUUGGUUUGUAUUUGAAAAGUGGAUUUAGAAUAUAUUUUAUUGAUAUAUCUCAACCUUCAUUAUUAUAUAAUGAAUAUGAUUUAUUAUAUUAUACAUUAAAUGAAACCGAUUAUAAGUAUUUUAUAAAUAUCUUAUUAAAGAACCUAUAUAAAGCAUUGAACUAUGUUCAAAAUGGUGGAUGUUCAGAUAAUACAAGUAUAUCAUGUUGUCCAAUGGAAUAUGGAAAUGGAGAUCCAUAUGAAAUUUGGGAUAAAUAUGAUAAAUCAUUUUUAAAAGAUUAUAGUGAUAAAAAACAUAACUCCCUUAUAACACCAUCAUCAUCAUCAACUUCAUCAUCAACUUCAUCAUUAACAUCAAUGCAUACUCCAUUUAAAUAUGAUUUAAAAAAAUUAACAAAUUAUGCAAAUUUUUAUUUCCAAACAACUGGUGAUGUUUCAAAUAUGAGAAGAUAUUUUAAAUUUGCCACGAUAUAUCAACAAAGACAAUUUAUAAAUAGAUUUGGAGAUUAUGAUUUAGAUUGGAAAGAUGAAAUUGCAUCAAAAUCUUUAAAAACAACAACUGACACUCCGUUAAAAUUAAAUUUACAAAGUAAUGGAAUACAAUCACCUAUUGAAUAUAAGACUGAAGUAGAUGAAAAUGCAGAGAAAAAAAGAAAAAUUAAUCAAAAAAGAUGUAGAUAUGAUAAACAAGGUUUAAAAUGGAGGAUACCAAUUGUUGGAGAAUUAUAA